AUGUUGGGACUACGAAAAUCUUUUGACGCCAGACGAAAACGCCACUCCUCGUCUUCUUCCUCUCUCCGAUCCGACGCACAGGAGAACUCUUCCUCAUCACGAAACACAAUGGACGCUUUCAAGCAAGGUAUCAAGGACUCCCUUCCCUCCUUGGGAAAGGACAAGCAUCACUCCGAUGUGUCUAUAGCCGUCAGCGAGACGCAAAUCUCCGACAAUGAGAGUGACCGAACCACCGUGGCAUCCGACCGAGCCUCCCCCGAGGUCGAGGUCAUCAAGAAUUCGACCAUGGCCACACCUACCAAGAUUAUCGCCAAAUCCAAUGGCACGGUCACAACAAGGACUUCGACCAGCAAGCUCGAGCACUUUGACCGGUUGACCGAAGUUACAAGGACUGUCAAGAAAUUGAUAGUCCGCCUCGAUGACUAUGACGAGACCUUUGUCACCGAGAUGGAUAUAAGGGACUAUCUCCAAUACAUUUCGGAUGAGCGUCUUAUUCAUAUGCCCCGAAGAGGCAGCGACUGGGAUACAGUUCUCAGCACAGCCCAGUUCUUUGGCCUCCAGGUUUACACCUUUGGCCAGAAGAUUGAGAAGUUUGUCCAUGGCGGCCAUGCCUCUGCAUCGGCUGCCUUGGCUAGUUGCCAAGUUCUUCUUGAGAUUGGCCACAACCAGGCCAGAGCCCUCGUUCCCACCUUUAUGGCGCUGUACGAGCUGGCCAUGCUCCUUUCCGGCGUUGCUCGUAUCCAUGAACUGGAGUACAUGCCACCUCACAUCAGAGAGGCUGCCGCCAAUAUCUUUUGCGAUCUUGUCUAUCUUGUUGGAUCUAUUGCCAGCCACUACAAGCAGAGAAUCAGCAGCCUGAAGCCUGGCUCAACUAUCUCAAUUAGCCUUGACGCCGCCUUUGGCAAGCAGAUUGAUGAGAUCUGGCAAGCCAAGGAGGCACUCUGCGACCGUGUCUGGUCUUAUAAGCUCGGCAACAAGGGCUUCUCCAUCAGCCUCAAGUCUGUCCGCCGACGACUUCAGCCAUCGGCCAAGUCCUCUGUCAGAAACUCUCUCUACGAUGAAGUCUACGAGCACCUUGAUCGCUCCGAGGAUACCUGUAGCUGGAUCAAGGAACGUCUUGUCCACUUCCUUGGAAGCAACGACAAGUUCCUCAACAUUACUGGCUCCGCGGGCCGUGGAAAGAGUGUGCUCGCCGAGUGGGUUGGCGAGAGACUUGCCCGUCCCCUUGACCACAGAUUCUACACUGUCCUCAGUUACAACUUCCCCUGGGACUCUCCCAAGGAGGCAACACCUCUUGCCUGUGUCAAGAGCUUCCUCUUCCAGUUGCUUGAGCGCAGUGUGGGCGAUGUUGCCCUCUAUGAGCGACUCGUCCAGGCGUUUGAGGCCUACUCCAAGACUUUAAAUGCUGGCAACCUUGAGGCCACUCUUUGGGAUACCCUACGCACUGGGCUGCUGGCGGCUGAGCGCGCAGAGACUUCCAUUGUCCUCUUGACUGACGGCUGCGAUGAGAUGUCCGAGAAGAACGUCAAGGAGUUCCACCAAGCUCUUCGACGAUGUGUCGCCGACCUCUCGCGCACGCAUGUCAUUACCUUUUCCCGACCUGUCGCUGCUCUGAAGGAUGGCUCCAAGCUCUUCGAGAUCACCCAGAAGGAGCUUCACGAAGACAUCGAGUCCCACCUCAAGCAGACCUUGUCGAAGUCUGUUCACUACCGCGACCUGGAUGUCCGGGAGCGUGAACAAAUCAUUGAGAGCUUGGUAAACAAGUCCAAGGGCAACUUCCUCUGGGCCUUCUAUGUUGGCCGUCUUCUGAACCGAGAGAGCUCUUACGACGCAUUCCGUGCCAGGAGCAAGGGUGUCAGCUCCGAGCUCUCUGAUGUGAUUCGCAUCGCUGUGGACCGCUUGGAUAUUCAGAAGAACGAGAUUUUGCAGAAUCUCCUGUCCUUCAUGCUCAUCACGGAGACGCCCUUCGCUGUUGAGGAGGCUUCUGAGCUUCUUUCUACAGACCUUCACCGAAAGGCCAUGGGUACCGCGAGCCUCAACAUCUCCAAGUUCGUGACUGAGCACUGUAGUGACCUGCUCAUCAUUCGCGGUGGCCGUCUUCACUUCCGCAACUCGUAUGUCCAGUCAUACAUGAGGAGCCUUCUUGGAAAGUCGCUGCUAUCCCACAAGGAUGCCCAUGUGCAGUUGACUCUCAGGAUGCUGCUCUAUGCGCGUCUGACCCUGCAUGGUGACCAUGAGCUACUCACGGAGGAGCUUGAGGACUCGGCUGUUGAUGCUGUGCUCCGUCGGCACCACUUGAUGGGCUACGUCAUGCAGAACUGGGUUGUGCACUUCAGACAGGCCGGCUUUGUUGUUUCCAAUGGCGAGAUUAGCCUGCCCAAGGGAUUCAGUGACAUCUUCCCCGACUCCGUCAUGUUUGCUCUUCUUGAGCGACCAUGCUGGCGCCGAUAUCACGGCCACCAGGACACUAUUGAGCUUCAUGAGCUUACUCUCCGCAUCCGAGAGACCUGCUUUGGCAAGGAGCAUGUUACCGUCCUGCAGAAUCUCAUCACUCUUGGUCAUAUUCAUGUCAAGUACUCGACAGCAGCUGAUUCUUCGAUCGUUGGAGCACGAUUCUUCUACCGCGCUGCCAAGCUGGGAGGAAUCAUCCUGUCCAAGACGAGCGCCAUUGUCAGCUCUUGCACUCAUCUGUUCCUGACCUACACCGAGACCAUUGUCAUCACUGAACGCACCGACAUUGUGAACUACCGCGAGGAGAUGAUUCGCGUGUGGAUCACUAUUUGCAAGCACAAGUACGGCCCCUCUAGUGACGAGGUCAUCACCUGGCACGAGAAGCUCGCCAAGCUGUACAUCAGCAUCAAGGAAGAGUGGCGUGCUACUGUUGUCUACAAGGAGCUCUACGAGAUCAUCAUUGUCCGCUACGGCAAGAAGUCUCCUGAGGCCGGUCGUAUCGGCGCCUUCUUUGGCACCCUAGACAUCGUGCUCAAGGGCGAAAAGGGUGGCAAGGAGAUCGGACAGCUUGAAGAGUUCAUCUUUGAGACCAGUGAGGAUCUUGAGAUCCAUGACCAUCUCUGUAUCUCCAUGAUGAUCAAGCUGGCCAGGUCCUACUACUCCUGCGGCGAGAUCUACCUGGCUGAGAGGCUGUUUAUCAGCCUCUGGCGCCGCAUCUCCAUCAUCGGCCGAGUCAAGGCUAGUGUUGAAGUGCAUGUUGCCAAGAUCCAGAUCGCUCUCGAGUAUGUCGGGUUCCUCAGUGAGGUGAAGCGCACUGAAGAGGCGACCAACAUCCUCAUCUGCCUCUGGGCAGAGUAUGAGCACUACCACUGUGAAGAAAAGACCCUCAUCGUCUGGAUUAGAGAACUUGGCAAGACCUGCAGGAGCUUUAGUCUCUUCAGCAUCACGCUCUCCAUCCUGACCAAGGUCUGGGGCUGGUUCAAGAAGAACGGCAAGACUGAGGAUGAGGAAGCUCGUCGCACUACUGUUCUCAUCACCGAGGUUGUUGAGGAGGUGACCGAGACAACCAUCACCAAGAAGAAAACCACCACGACCACGACUGAGGUGACAGAGACUAUGGUCAAGGAGAUCUACGAGACUCAUUAUGAGCGCUGCAAGAAGACCAAGGUUGACCGCAGCUUCUUCUCCGCUUGUAUGGCCCUGAUCGGCACAUACUUUGAGCAUCAGAAGUGGUCUGAGGCUGAGACCAUCAUCAAGCGAACUCUUGAGAUCACCUGGAAGGCCAUCUUGAGCACUGAUACCAAGAUUACUCUCUACGAGCACUCUUCCCGAGAAUGCAUCCUCGUGGCUCGACGCCUUGCCAGGUGCUACCACUACCAAGGCUUCUUUGAGAAGGCUGAGCACAUCCACCUGCGUAUAUACUACGCUUGUCUGGCUUCUCUUUCUCUGGAGGAUGAGCGUCUUCACGAAUCUCUCCACGUUCUCGUCGAGUUUUACGAGGAGUACCACCGCCACGAGAAGAUCAUCGAGCUCUACGUCUCAAUUCUGAAUCGAUACAAGAAGAAGCUGGGCCACAGCCAUCACCUGACGAUCAAGACCUUGUACUCGUUGGGCUACCACUGCAAGCUGAUCGGCCACAAGGAUGCUUACAUUUACUAUCGCGAGAUUGUUACCAUCCUCAACAAGGACAUCAAGCACUGCCACCACGAUGCCUUUGAGGCUGCUCAGUACCUUCUCCGCCACUACUACCACCGUCACAUGUGGGUUGAGCUGCGAGAUAUUUCUGCCCUUAUGUGGCAGACUGUCAUCCACCACCGCGGAGGUCUCGUCGUGACUGAGGAGCUCAUCACCGAGAUCUACGAGAGGUACACGUACGUGCUCGAGAUUCACAUCAAGGUUGAGUUCUCUGUUCUCUACAAGAUCUCGGUCGAGUAUAAGGAAGUCGUGACUACUGUCUGUGGAAAGGAGUCUCACGGCUUUAUUGUGGCCUUGAUUGCCUUUGCCAAGAUGUGCGAGAAGAGCGAGAAGCAUGAGCACGAGGCCGUCGACAUCUACGAGGAGAUCAUCAAGAAGACGACAACUACCAAGACAACCACGACUGUUGUCACCGAGACCACGGUACACACUGUUAAGAAGCGCCUCUCCAAGUUGUACGUGACAAUCAUCACCUCAGGCAGGGAGACCAAGAAGAUUCCCCUGGAUCGGGCCAUCCUGAUCAGCAUCGAGACCUACGAACAUCUCAAGCUCACGCUGGGAUGCUGGCACGAGGAGACGCUCCGUCAGCUCAGAGACGUUGUCAUUCUGUACCACAAGUGCAACACCAAGGAGACUCACGCCAAGAUGAUCAAGCUUCUCGACGUUUCCGUCAUCGAGAUCAUCACUACUCUGACUGUCACCACGACCCUGUUUAACGCCGCCAUCUCGCUGGCCUCCAUCUACGUGAGCGUCAACCUCACCAAGCAGGGUCACGAGCUCCUCCACCAGCUGCGACACCUCAUCAUCUUCCGCGAGGGCAUGCCGUGCAGCGAUAUCACGCUCAAGCUCGACAUCCACGUGAGCAAGCUGGUGUUUGUCUUCCUGAGCGCUUUUGAGCACGGCCUGUGCAGCAAGGACUGCGCCAUCACCUACUCGGAGAUCAUGGCCUCCAUCAUGUUUGAGUCUCUCCUGUACGAGGAGUACUCUCGUGUGAUUACCCACGAGAAGAACAUCGAGGUCAUCCUCGAGUGUGGUGCUAAGCUUCGCUGCUUCUGGGAGGAGCACCAGCGCGUCCAGCUCCUGGCCAUCCUCGACAAGAGGCUGUUCCAGCAGUUCAAGACCGAGUACAACUUGUACUUCAAGGGCUUCAGCGACGAGGACGUUCGCCUAUUCUACCUCGCCCUCCUCUCAGAGCUCGGCAAGGACCGUAAGGCCACCAAGAUCGACUUUUCCCUCCUCGCCGUCAAGGCCGGAAGCGCCAGGGUCAAGACUCUUCUCGAGGCCAACGACUUCCACUGCGCAAACCAGCUCGGCCGCAUCGUGUUCCGCUUCGCGCAGGGACAGAAGCUAUACCAGCGUCCCAGCUGCAUCCAGUUUGGCUACAAGCUCGCCGAGUUCCUGGCCGGCAUUGACGUGCCACACCCUAGUGCCAAGGAUGAGAAGAUGCGCAACGACUUGCUGACGACUUCCCGCGAGAUCAUGGCCGAGGUGCUUGCUGCGUUCCGUGCUUCUGAAAUCGACUUUGUCAGCCUGCGCUUUGAGGAUGUCUCUGGUCUUAUUCGUCUUCUUGGUGCUCAGCGCAACUGGGAUGAGCUCGAGAGUCUGCUCUUCCGUCUGUGGCGCUCACGCGAGCAGAUGCAGCGAUCUGGUGGCUGGUCUCCCUCCACCGUGCUGGACAUUGGAAAGCUCCUCAUCCACGUCAAGUAUGCUCGCGGAGAUGUGUCUGGUGCCAUCGACACGGCCGAGCUGCUCUGCUACAACUUGCGACGCAGCAGAGGCCGUCUCGACCUCGAGACUCUGGCCUUUUCCCGUCUCCUUGCUGGCCUGUAUACUUCUUGUGGUCGCACAGCCAGCGCCAUGUCAAUCCACGAAGCUGUCCUGCGUGAGAUGGGCUCAUGCUGUCACGGAAACGAGUUUGGCGAGGCGUACCCGGACCGGCAGAGGCUCAUCACCGAGGCGAAGCUGCAUCUCGAGCUACUAAAGGCCUCGCACCAUCGGCUCCAGGGCUGGACGAAGCCGGUGAUGGAGUUCCGCGAGGUGUACGACCGUCUGAACAACGGUUUGGGUCUCGGCCUUCCGGCGUUUGAGAAGUGGUGCGGUAGCGCGCAGGACAAGAGCAUCGAGGGGGGAAAGUACAUACCCCCGAGCGACUGGAGAGUCCAGAGCAACGAAAAGCAGAGCAGCUCGACCUGGAGGAGAAGAUCGGGCCAGCACCGGCCACAAAACGGACUGGACGUUGUGUACACGGCGAACCAAUGGUGGCUGGUGUACUGA